ACCACAUUCCUAAUUUGUAUGUAUUAUUAUUCUGCUGUUCUUCAAGCAAUUACAUACAAAAUGAAGAUUUUAAGAAUUGUAUUUGCUUUGGCAUUGGCCUGUUUGGCUAAGGUUGAAGCAAGUCCUUGUGGCACAUGUGGCGGAUAUCCAUACCUUCCAGAUCUAUGUUUCGCGCCACCACCACUACCACCACCAUGUCCACUACCACUUCCACUUCCAUGCUUACCGCCACCUCCACCACCAUGUUUACCAUUACCUCCAUGCCCAAUUCCACUUCCACUCCCAUGCUUACCACCACCACCACCACCAUGUUUACCAUUACCUCCAUGCCCAAUUCCACUUCCACUCCCAUGCUUACCACCACCACCACCACCAUGUUUACCAUUACCUCCAUGCCCACUUCCACUUCCACCUCCAUGCUUACCACCACCACCACCACCACCAUGUUUACCAUUACCUCCAUGCCCACUUCCACUUCCACCUCCAUGCUUACCACCACCACCACCACCACCACCAUGUUUACCACUACCUCCAUGCCCACUACCAAUUCCACUACCGUGUUUACCAUUACCUCCACUUCCACUUCCACUUCCAUGCUUACCACCACCGCCGCCACCAUGUUUACCAUUACCGCCAUGCCCACUUCCACUCCCAUGCUUACCACCACCACCACCCCCAUGUUUACCACUACCUCCAUGCCCACUACCAAUUCCACUACCGUGUUUACCAUUACCUCCACUUCCACUUCCACUUCCAUGCUUACCACCACCGCCGCCACCAUGUUUACCAUUACCGCCAUGCCCACUUCCACUCCCAUGCUUACCACCACCACCACCACCACCCCCAUGUUUACCACUACCUCCAUGCCCACUUCCACUUCCACCUCCAUGUUUACCACCACCGCCACCACCAUGUUUACCACUACCUCCGUGCCCACCACCACUCCCACUCCCUUGUUUACCACCACCCCCUCCACCAUGUUUACCACUACCCCCAUGUCCACUACCACUUCCUCUCCCGUGUUUGCCACCUCCAUGUUUACCACCUCCAUGUUUGCCAUUACCACCAUGUCCACCACCCCCAUGUGUUCCACCGCCAGCGUUAUUACCAGUACCUCUGUGCUCUUUACCUUGUUUCUCUAUUCCACCAUUAUGUCCACCUUGUGCACCUUGUCUACCAUUAUGACCACCAUGCCCACAACUUCCUUGCUUCUGUUAACACAGAUUACUUCUUAUUGUUGAUUACUAUUAUAUUUUUUCUGUUUUAUAUUGUAUUA